CAAAAGCUCAAGGAGGAGAAGGAGGCCAAAGAGCUCAGCUGGAUGGCAGACAUGAUUAUAUAUUGGAUAUUGUUGCUUCCUGCGUGGACCUGGACAAAGCUGAAGUGGAAGAUGCUAUUCUUGAGGGUAACCAGAUCGAGCGCAUCAAUAAGUUCUUGGCCACUGAAGGAUUUCGUCAUAUCAUGUUCUACUAUCAAGAUGUGGAGACACCUGAAACUGGACAUUUUGGCCCACCAGGCACAGGACCCAAUCCUGACUCAGCAAGGAGCAAGAAACCUAAAGUGUUUGUAACAGAGGGAAUAGAUGUUGCUCUAACCGGUGUAUGUGUAUUCUUCAUUAGAGCUAGUCCUUCCAAAACCAUCACUGCAGAGAAUAUCCAUCGGGAAGUGAAUUUCAACAUGCUGGAUACUGCUCAGGGUGGCUUAGUAAAAAGUGUACAGCAUUUGCUGUCAGAAAUCUUCAUUCCGGUCAUCAAGACUAUGAACCAAGGUUGGGGUGAGGUUGGUAGUCCUCAGCAGGCAGCUAAUAUUCGGCAGGACUUCCUUGGCUCCCUUGAGGGAUUUGUUAGUGUCUUGUCAGGAGCUCAGCAGAGUCUGAUGGAAAAGGUGAAUCUGACAAAGUGUGACACAUAUGACUUGAAAACUCUAAAGGGACCUUCAGACUAUCUGGCUGUUGCUAACAGCACAGAAGCUUUAGAAAGAAUAGAGGCCUGCAUGAAAGUAUGGAUCAAACAAAUUGAACAGGUCCUGGCUGAAAAUGAUCAGUUGAGGAAAGAAGCUGAUGACCUGGGCCCACGAGCAGAACUGGAUCACUGGAAGAAACGAUGUCUAAAUUCAGCUACCUUUGGACCAACUGAAGAGCCCAGAUGUGAAGGCGUGCUGGGAGUACUUACUGCUGCUAAAUCCAGACUUCUGAAGAGCUGGCGAGAGCUGGAUGUUCGCAUCACUGAUGCAGCUAAUGAAGCCAAAGACAAUGUUAAGUAUCUCUACACGCUGGAAAAAUGCUGUGACCCCCUAUACAACAGUGACCCUGUGUCCAUGAUAGAGGCUAUUCCAGGUCUCAUAAAUGCAAUAAAGAUGAUUCAUAGCAUCUCACGUUACUACAAUACCUCUGAGAAGAUAACCUCACUGUUUGUGAAGGUAACAAAUCAGAUGAUAACAGCAUGUAAAGCAUACAUAACUAACAACAAGAUGGCCACCAUCUGGGACCAGCCUCGGGAAAUAGUUAUGGAGAAGCUGCAAGCAGCUAUUAGACUUAAACAGGAGUAUCAAAAUUGUUUUCACAAGACAAAAGAAAAACUAGAACAAAAUCCAGCUGAAAGACAGUUUGAUUUUAGUGAGAUGUAUAUCUUCGGAAAAUUUGAAACGUUUCAUCGACGUCUAGUUAAAAUUAUACAUGUCUUCAGUACCAUUACAACCUACUCAGUUCUGCAAGAAUCAAAGAUUGAAGGAUUGGAAGUUAUGGCAACAAAAUAUCAGAGCAUUGUUGCCACAAUGAAGAAAAAGGAGUACAACUUCUUAGAUCAACGAAAGACAGAUUUUGACCAGGACUAUGAAGAGUUUUGCAAACAGACCAGUGACCUUCAUAAUCAGUUAAAGACCUUUAUGGACAUCACCUUUGAAAGGAUUCCAACCACUGAAAGAGCUCUUAGUAUGCUGAAGAAAUUUGAAAGAUUAGAAAUCCCCAGUCUUGGCAUUGAUGAAAAAUACCAGAAAAUCCUUCAGAACUAUGGUCAUGACAUUGAGAUGGUCUCUAAGCUGUACACUAAGCAGAAAAAUGACCCUCCUUUGGCUCGUAACCUGCCUCCAAUUGCUGGUAAGAUCUUGUGGGCACGCCAACUCUUCCACAGGAUCCAGGAACCAAUGGACCUCUUCCAACAGCAUCCCACUGUUCUGCAGACAGGAGAAGCCAAGCGCAUAGUCCGCAACUACAACAAAGUGGCAAAAGUCCUCUUGGAGUUUGAGGUUAUUUAUCACAGAGGAUGGCUUCAGCAGAUUGAAGUAACAAAAACAGGGCUUCAGGCAUCCCUGUUGGUGAAGGCUCCAGAGACAGGAGAAUUAUUUGUGAAUUUUGACCCUCAGAUAUUGACUUUAAUUCGGGAAACAGAGUGCAUGGCUCACAUGCACCUUGAAAUCCCGCCCUUCGCCAUUGCUCUACAGCAAAAGCAGGACUCAUACAAGAAGAAUUUCAAUCAACUGCAGAUGAUGCUGGCAGAAUAUAAGAGAAUUAAAUCAAAAAUACAAAUACCCAUUGAUCAUCUAAUGGCUCCUCACUUAGCUAAUGUAGAUGAUGCUAUCCAGCCUGGUUUAACUUCACUAAACUGGACCUCCUUGAACACUGAGAAAUACAUAAAUAAUAUUUUUGACAAACUAGCUGAGCUGGAGCUGCUGCUUGAUCGAGUGAAUGAUCUGAUAGAAUUUCGUAUUGAUGCUGUUCUACAAGAAAUGAACAGUGUGCCACUUUGUGAACUGCCAGAAGAUGAACCACUUACUUGUGAGGAAUUUCUCCAAAUGACUAAGGAGCUCUGUGUUCAAGGUGCACAGACUUUGCAUUUGAAAAGCUCAUUGGUGGAAGAAGCAGCCAAUGAGCUGAUAAACAUGUUAUUGGACACAGAGGUGCAUUCCAAAGGAGAAGAUGAGAAGUCAGUUCUGCUUCCAGUCAAUGCUGAAAUGAAUGAGGUGAAUGAAAAUACAGAGGAGGAAGGGAGAAAGGACAAAAUGGCAUCCUCUCAUACAGCAAGUCAGAUUAUGGCUGGGAUGUCUCCUCCUUUAACAAAGAAGAAGAGAAAGGAGAUGGAAAUGUUAGAGGAAGAAGCCCAAGAACUGCUUAUCCACUUCAAUCACCGCAAUAUUGAUGCCCUUUUGAAGGUCACUCGAAACACUCUGGAGACCAUACGCAAGCGCAUUCAUGCAUCUUCUGCAAUCAGCUUCUUAGACAAUGACAGUGCUUCUAAGCAAAAACAGAGUGCUCAGCCUAUUUUUCGGACUAGCAUUAACCUGUCUAUCCCAAAUAUUGUUAUGAUGCCAGCUUUGGAUGAGGUACAGCAAACACUUAAUAAAGCUGUCGAGAGUAUUGUCAGUGUCAUGAAAGGAGUUGGGCAGUGGAGUAAAGAGAGACUGUCUAAGAAAAAAAUGCUAGAAAGAAAAAUAGCUGCUUUGCGGUGCAGUAGCGAAGACAGUGAUUCUGAUGAUGGAAUGAGAGAGACUGGAGUAAAAAAUGCUCGGGAUACCACCUCAGAAGUAGCAACUGCAAACUUGCCUGCUCCAGUGCAAAACAAAAACUACUACAAAAGUGUUUCUGAGAACAAGGAAAUUAUUAAAUUGGUCUCCGUACUUAGUACUGUCCUCAGUUCUACCAAAAAGGAAGUUCUUACAGCUCUGGAGCGUUUCAAAUGUUAUGACCACAUCUGGCAAAGGAAGAAGGAGGAAACCAUCAAUAAGUUCAUAACAAGGAAUCCUUUACUCUCUGAAUUUGAGUCCCAGAUCCUCCAUUUCAGAGACUUGGAGCUGGAGAUAAACUCGGAGCCUGAAUACAUCUGUGUGGGAGCUAUGGCACUAUAUAGUGCUGACCUGAAGCUAGCACUGGCUGCAGAAACCAAGGCUUGGAUGAUUGAGUUGGGGCAUCACUGUAACAAGAAAUACAGAACAGAGAUGGAAAACAUUUUCACAUUUGUAGAGGAAAUCGGCAAGAAACUGAAUCGACAAAUUAAGGAUUUGGAUGACAUAAGAAUAGCUAUGGCUGCAUUAAAAGAGAUUAGAGAGCAACAAAUCCGCAUAGACUUCCAAGUGGUACCUAUUGAGGAAUCCUAUGCAAUGUUAAACAAAUAUGAGCUGCUGGUGGCAAAGGAAGAGAUGGAGAAGGUGGACACCCUGCGCUAUAUCUGGGAGAAGCUUCUGGUCCGGGCAAAUGAAGUGCAGAAUGAGCUAGUAGCUUUGCAGCCCAACUUCAGGGGAGAACUAAUUAGCACUGUGGAGAUAUUCACUGAAGAUUGUCAUCAGUACUAUGCGGACUACGACAAGAAUGGACCAAUGGCGAUUGGUCUUGAGCCUCAGGAAGCCAGUGACAGGCUUAUCAUAUUCCAGAACCGAUUUGACAGCCUCUAUCGAAAAUACAUUACCUACACUGGUGGGGAAGAACUUUUUGGUUUGCCUGUUACCCAGUAUCCUCAGCUACUUGAGAUAAAGAAGCAGCUGACCCUGCUACAGAAACUUUACAGCCUGUACAACAAUGUUAUUGACACGGUCAAUGGCUACUACGAUAUCCUCUGGUCAGAAGUUAACAUUGCGAAAAUAAAUAAUGAACUUCUGGAGUUUCAGAACAGGUGUCGCAAACUUCCUCGUGCUUUAAAGGAAUGGCAGGCAUUUUUGGAUCUAAAGAAGACAAUUGAUGAUUUCAAUGAGUGCUGCCCUUUGCUUGAGCUUAUGUCAAAUAAGGCCAUGAUGGCUCGGCACUGGAAGAGGAUUACAGAUCUCACUGAACACAGCUUUGAGGUGGAAAGCGAAACCUUCAAACUGAGGAAUAUCAUGGAAGCACCUCUGCUGAAAUAUAAAGAGGAAAUAGAGGAUAUUUGCAUCAGCGCGGUGAAGGAGAGAGACAUUGAGCAAAAGCUGAAACAGGUGAUUGCUGAGUGGGACAACAAAACAUUCACCUUUGCCAACUUUAAAACUCGUGGUGAGCUGCUCUUGAGAGGAGACAGCACUUCAGAAACGAUUGCUAGCAUGGAGGAUAGCUUGAUGGUUCUGGGCUCUCUCUUGAGCAACAGGUACAACACCCCAUUCAAGGCGCAGAUCCAAAAAUGGGUACACUACCUUUCCAACACAACAGAUAUAAUUGAGAACUGGAUGACAGUGCAGAACUUGUGGAUUUAUCUGGAGGCUGUUUUUGUGGGCGGGGACAUUGCGAAGCAGCUUCCAAAGGAAGCCAAGCGUUUCUCUAACAUAGAUAAAUCAUGGGUGAAGAUCUUGACGCGGGCCCAUGAGAUGCCAAAUGUGGUCCAAUGCUGUGUUGGAGAUGAAACCAUGGGGCAGCUUCUGCCACACUUGUUAGAACAGCUCGAAAUCUGUCAGAAGUCACUUACAGGGUACCUUGAGAAAAAACGACUUUCCUUUCCUCGGUUCUUCUUUGUGUCGGACCCUGCUCUCUUGGAGAUACUUGGCCAGGCAUCAGACUCUCACACUAUACAGGCUCACCUGCUGAAUGUCUUUGACAACAUUAAAACUGUCAGAUUCCAUGAAAAGAUCUAUGAUCGCAUUCUGUCAAUUUGUUCUCGAGAGGGUGAGACAAUUGAAUUGGAUAAACCUGUAAUGGCCGAGGGUAAUGUGGAAGUCUGGCUCAAUUCUCUCUUAAAGGAAUCCCAGUCCUCAUUACAUAUUGUCAUUCGCCAGGCAGCCAUGGAUAUCCAGGAAACUGGAUUUCAGUUGAUUGAAUUUCUUUCAUCUUUCCCAGCCCAGGUUGGGUUAUUGGGAAUCCAGAUGAUUUGGACAAGAGACUCGGAAGAGGCAUUGACUAAUGCCAGAUAUGAUAAAAAAAUAAUGCAGAAGACAAACCAAUCUUUCUUAGAUCUGCUAAACACUCUGAUAGACAUGACAGCCAAAGACCUCAGUCCAGUGGAGCGAAUUAAAUAUGAGACACUAAUCACUAUCCAUGUGCACCAGAGGGACAUCUUUGAUGAUCUGUGCCGUAUGCACGUCAAGAGCCCUACAGACUUUGAAUGGUUGAAACAAUGUAGAUUUUACUUCAAAGAAGAUUCCGACAAGAUGAUGAUUAACAUCACUGAUGUGGGUUUUACAUACCAGAAUGAAUUCUUAGGCUGUACUGACAGGCUUGUCAUAACUCCUCUCACUGACCGAUGUUACAUCACUUUGGCUCAGGCCCUGGGAAUGAACAUGGGUGGAGCACCUGCUGGACCUGCAGGGACAGGCAAAACUGAAACUACUAAAGAUAUGGGGAGAUGCCUUGGUAAAUAUGUAGUAGUCUUCAACUGUUCAGACCAGAUGGAUUUCAGAGGACUAGGAAGAAUCUUCAAAGGUCUUGCUCAGUCUGGCUCCUGGGGCUGCUUUGAUGAAUUUAACCGUAUUGACUUACCUGUAUUAUCAGUAGCUGCACAGCAAAUUGCAAUUGUGUUGACAUGUAAGAAGGAGCGUAAAAAGAACUUUUUAUUUACUGAUGGAGAUAAUGUGGAAAUGAACCCUGAAUUUGGAAUAUUUCUUACUAUGAACCCAGGAUAUGCUGGGCGACAAGAGUUGCCUGAAAACUUGAAGAUAAACUUCCGUUCAGUGGCCAUGAUGGUUCCUGAUCGUCAGAUAAUAAUUCGUGUCAAGCUGGCUAGCUGUGGAUUCAUAGAUAACAUUGUACUGGCAAGGAAAUUCUUCACUCUGUACAAGUUGUGUGAGGAACAGCUAUCUAAGCAGGUGCAUUAUGACUUUGGUUUGAGGAAUAUAUUGUCAGUGCUGCGCACGCUGGGGGCAGCAAAAAGAGCAAACCCCACUGAUACAGAAUCUACUAUUGUCAUGCGUGUUCUUAGAGAUAUGAACCUUUCUAAAUUGAUUGAUGAAGAUGAACCCUUGUUCUUGAGUCUGAUUGAAGACCUGUUUCCAAGUAUACAGCUUGACAAAGCAGGCUAUCCAGAACUAGAAGCUGCCAUUAACAAACAGGUUGAAGAAGCUGGCCUAAUUAGUCAUCCUCCUUGGAAACUGAAAGUUAUCCAGCUGUAUGAAACACAGAAAGUAAGGCAUGGAAUGAUGGCCUUAGGUCCUAGUGGAGCAGGUAAAAGUACUUCCAUCCACACUCUGAUGAAAUCCAUGACAGAUUGUGGACAGCCACACCGUGAAAUGAGAAUGAAUCCUAAAGCUAUCACAGCACCUCAGAUGUUUGGUCGCCUUGAUGUAGCAACCAAUGACUGGACAGAUGGGAUUUUCUCCACUCUGUGGAGGAAAACUUUGAGAGCCAAGAAAGGUGAGCACAUCUGGAUAGUUCUUGAUGGUCCUGUUGAUGCUAUUUGGAUUGAGAACCUGAACUCUGUACUGGAUGAUAAUAGAACCCUAACACUAGCUAAUGGAGACCGUAUUCCGAUGGCACCAAACUGUAAAAUAGUGUUUGAGCCUCAUAAUAUUGACAAUGCUUCCCCUGCUACUGUGUCAAGGAAUGGCAUGGUUUUCAUGAGUUCAUCAGUUCUCAACUGGAGCCCUGUUCUUGAGGGCUUUUUGAAAAAACGUUCUCCUCAAGAAGCUGAAAUUCUGCGUCAGCUGUACACUUCAUCAUUCCCAGAACUCUACCGCUUCAGCAUCCAGACCUUGGAAUAUAAGAUCGAGAUGUUGGAGGCCUUUGUGAUCAUGCAAAGCAUUAACAUGCUGCAGGGACUUAUCCCUUUGAAGGAGCAAGGAGGGGAAGUAACACCAGAGUACCUGGAAAGGCUGUACGUCUUCUCCCUCAUGUGGAGUGUUGGAGCGUUGCUGGAAUUGGAAGACAGGUGCAAAAUGGAGCACUGGCUUCGUAAUCAUAAAAAAAUAAAGCUUGAUCUUCCCUGUAUCUCAGAAGGAAGUGAAGAUACCAUGUUUGACUACUAUGUUGCAACUGAUGGUAAAUGGAUGCAUUGGAGUACUCGUGUUGAAGAGUAUGUGUACCCCACUAACAGCAUUCCAGAGUAUAGCUCCAUCUUGGUGCCAAACGUCGACAACGUGAGAACAGACUUCCUUAUUGAAACAAUUGCUGGGCAGGGCAAGCCUGUGCUACUAAUUGGUGAGGAAGGAACUGCUAAAACAGUCAUCAUCAAAGGAUUCAUGUCAAAAUAUAAUCCUGAAAGCCACAUAGCCAAGAGUCUGAACUUUUCAUCUGCAACUACCCCAUUAAUGUUCCAGCGUACAAUAGAGAGUUAUGUGGACAAACGCAUGGGAACAACAUAUGGUCCUCCUGCAGCCAAAAAGAUGACUGUCUUCAUUGAUGAUGUGAAUAUGCCUGUAAUCAAUGAGUGGGGAGAUCAGGUCACCAAUGAGAUAGUUCGACAGCUGAUGGAACAGAAUGGGUUCUAUAACCUGGAGAAACCCGGGGAGUUUACCAACAUCGUUGAUAUCCAGUUCUUGGCAGCCAUGAUCCAUCCUGGUGGAGGUCGCAAUGACAUCCCACAGAGACUAAAGAGACAUUUUUCCAUAUUCAACUGUACUCUUCCUUCCAAUUCUUCCAUUGACAAGAUCUUUGGUGUGAUUGGCGUAGGGCAUUAUUGUGGUCAGCGGGGCUUCUCAGAAGAGGUCAGAAGAUCAGUAGCCAAAUUAGUACCUCUGACACGCAGGUUAUGGCAGAUAACCAAGAUCAAAAUGCUACCCACUCCAGCCAAGUUCCAUUAUGUCUUCAAUCUACGAGAUCUCUCAAGGAUUUGGCAGGGGAUGCUAAAUACUAUAUCGGAAGUCAUCAGUGAACCUAAUGUGUUGAUAAAGUUGUGGAAGCAUGAAUGUAAGUGUGUUAUUGCUGAUCGUUUCACAACCCCAGCGGAUGUAGAUUGGUUUGAUACAGCUUUGGCAAAAUUGGUUGAGGAGGAGUUCGGUGAAGAGAAAAAGGCUUUAGUGGAUUCGGAAACUGAUGCUUACUUUGUUGACUUCUUAAGGGGUCCACCUGAAGCAACAGGUGAAGAGCCAGAAGAAACUGUCUUUGAUAUGCCUAAAAUCUAUGAGCCAAUUAAAUCUUUUAAUCACCUGAAGGAUCGUUUAAAUAUGUUUCUACAAACAUAUAAUGAGACCAUCCGGGGUGCACGUCUGGACAUGGUGUUCUUCAAAGAUGCUAUGAUUCAUUUAGUCAAGAUUUCUCGUGUGAUUCGCACCCCUCGUGGCAAUGCUCUCCUCGUUGGAGUUGGUGGCUCAGGAAAGCAGAGCUUGACUAAACUGGCAUCAUUCAUAGCUGGCUAUGCUACAUUCCAGAUCACUUUAACAAGAUCAUACAACACUUCAAACCUGAUGGAAGACUUGAAGCUCUUGUACAGGACAGCAGGGCUUCAAGGAAAGGGCAUCAGCUUCAUUUUUACAGAUAAUGAGAUCAAAGAUGAGUCUUUCUUAGAAUACCUGAAUAACGUUUUAUCAUCUGGAGAGGUCUCCAACUUGUUUGCACGUGAUGAAAUUGAUGAGAUCAGUAGUGAUCUCAUACCUGUCAUGAAAAAGGAGCACCCACGUCGACCUCCAACCAAUGAGAAUUUGUAUGAAUAUUUCAUGACCAGAGUCCGUCAGAACCUCCAUGUAGUACUUUGUUUUUCACCAGUGGGUGAAAAAUUCCGAAACAGAGCCCUGAAGUUCCCUGCCCUUAUUUCUGGUUGCACUACAGACUGGUUCAGCCGGUGGCCUAAGGAUGCACUGGUUGCAGUAUCUGAACACUUCCUGUACUCAUAUGAAAUUGACUGCACCACUGAAACCAAGAAGGAGGUGGUGCAGUGCAUGGGCUCCUUCCAGGAUGGGGUAGCAGAGAAGUGUGUUGACUACUUCCAGAGAUAUAGACGUUCUACACAUGUGACUCCAAAAUCCUACCUAUCCUUUAUUCAGGGAUAUAAAGCUACCUACAAAGAAAAGCACGCUGAGGUGAAGAUAUUAGCCAAUAGAAUGAAUACUGGAUUGGAGAAAUUGAAAGAGGCAUCUGAAUCAGUGGCUGCUCUAAGCAAAGAGCUGGAGGUUAAAGAAAAGGAGCUUCAGGUUGCUAAUGAAAAAGCUGACAUGGUUUUGAAAGAAGUCACUGUGAAAGCACAGGCUGCUGAGAAAGUGAAAGCUGAAGUACAGAAGGUGAAAGAUAAAGCCCAGGCUAUUGUAGACAGCAUUUCAGCAGAUAAAGCCAUUGCUGAAGAAAAGUUGGAGGCUGCUAAGCCUGCUUUAGAAGAGGCAGAAGCAGCUUUAAAGACAAUCAAACCUGCAGACAUUGCCACUGUCCGUACACUGGGCCGACCUCCUCAUCUUAUCAUGCGUAUUAUGGAUUGCGUGCUCCUGCUGUUCCAGAGAAAAGUGAACAGUGUGAAAGUGGACCAGGAGAAAAGCUGCACCAUCCCAUCGUGGCAGGAAUCACUGAAAUUGAUGACAGCAGGAAACUUCUUACAGAACCUGCAGCAAUUCCCAAAAGAUACAAUCAAUGAAGAAGUUGUGGAGCUUUUGAAUCCUUAUUUUGAAAUGGUAGACUAUAACAUUGAGACGGCAAAGCGAGUGUGUGGGAAUGUGUCUGGCCUCUGCUCAUGGACCAAGGCCAUGGCUGCAUUUUUUUCUAUCAACAAAGAAGUGUUACCCUUAAAGGCUAAUUUGGCAGUCCAGGAGAAUCGCCUUGCCACUGCCAUGCUAGAUCUGCAGAAAGCCCAAGCAGAGUUGGAUGAUAAGCAAGCUGAAUUAGAUUUUGUACAGGCAGAGUAUGAAAAAGCAAUGAGGGAAAAACAGACCUUGCUUGACGAUGCAGAACGUUGCAGACAUAAAAUGCAAACAGCCUCCAGUCUUAUAAAUGGUCUAGCAGGUGAAAAAGAGAGAUGGACUGAACAGAGUAAAGAGUUUGCUGCACAAACUAAAAGGCUUGUGGGAGAUGUAUUGCUGGCUACAGCUUUUCUAUCUUAUUCUGGUCCUUUUAACCAAGAGUUCCGCAAUCUGUUGUUAAAUGAUUGGCAAAAGGAAAUGAAAACCCGGAAAAUCCCAUUUGGCAACAACCUAAACCUUACAGAGAUAUUGAUUGAUGCUCCGACCAUCAGUGAGUGGAACCUCCAAGGAUUGCCAAACGAUGACCUAUCCAUACAGAAUGGAAUUAUUGCCACGAAAGCAGCUCGUUAUCCUUUGUUAAUUGAUCCACAGACUCAGGGCAAAAUUUGGAUUAAAAAUAAGGAAACCAAGAAUGAACUUCAGAUCACAUAUCUGAAUCACAAGUAUUUUAGAAACCACUUAGAGGACAGCCUUUCUCUUGGAAGGCCACUGCUGAUUGAAGAUGUCCGGGAAGAGCUUGAUCCAGCAUUGGAUAAUGUUUUGGAGAAAAACUUCAUCAAAACUGGUUCUUCCUAUAAGGUAAAAGUUGGUGAUAAAGAAGUGGAUGUCAUGAAUGGCUUCAGACUUUACAUCACCUCUAAGCUCCCAAAUCCAGCAUAUACCCCUGAAAUUAGUGCUCGCACAUCCAUUAUUGACUUUACUGUGACCAUGAAAGGUCUAGAAGAUCAACUUCUAGGGAGAGUCAUUCUCACAGAGAAACAGGAACUAGAGAAAGAGAGAACUGAUCUCAUGGAAGAUGUGACUGCCAACAAGAGAAGGAUGAAAGAGCUGGAAGAUAACUUGCUCUAUCGACUCACAAGCACACAGGGUUCUCUGGUGGAGGAUGAGAGUCUGAUCACUGUUUUGAGUAACACCAAGAAGACUGCUGAGGAAGUGACACAGAAACUGCAGAUUUCUGCUGAGACUGAAAUACAGAUCAACUCAGCCCGUGAGGAGUACAGACCUGUUGCAACAAGAGGGAGCAUCCUAUAUUUCCUUAUAACUGAGAUGAGUAUGGUCAAUGUGAUGUAUCAGACUUCUCUUCGACAGUUUCUGGGACUCUUCGACCUUUCUCUAGCCAGGUCUGUCAAGAGCCCAAUUAUGAGUAAGAGAAUUGCUAAUAUAAUUGAGCAUAUGACCUAUAAAGUAUAUAAGUAUGCUGCCAGGGGACUUUAUGAGGAGCACAAAUUCCUGUUCACCUUACUGCUUACCUUGAAAAUAGACAUGCAGAGAAACAGAGUGAAGCAUGAAGAGUUCCUGACGCUUAUUAAAGGUGGUGCUUCUCUGGACCUUAAAGCUUGUCCUCCUAAACCAUCUAAAUGGAUCCUGGAUAUGACUUGGCUGAACCUGGUGGAACUCAGUAAGCUUAGACAAUUCUCAGAUGUUUUGGACCAAAUUUCAAGAACAGAGAAACAAUGGAAAAUCUGGUUUGAUAAGGAGAAUCCAGAGGAAGAACUUGUUCCCAGUGGCUAUGAUCAAUCUCUGGACUGCUUCAGACGUCUCCUCCUUAUUAGAUCCUGGUGUCCUGAUAGAACCAUAGCUCAGGCCAGGAAGUAUAUCAUGGAUACCAUGGGGGAAAAAUAUGCAGAAGGAGUCAUCUUGGACUUGGAGAAGACAUGGGAAGAAUCAGAUCCACGUUCUCCUCUCAUCUGCUUUCUUUCUAUGGGUUCUGAUCCUACUGACUCAAUCAUUGCUCUGGGGAAAAGACUGAAGACAGAGACACGUUGUUCCAUGGGUCAGGGACAAGAAGUCCAUGCUCGUAAACUUCUACAGCCCAUGGCACAUGGAGGAUGGGCACUUCUUCAGAACUGCCACCUGGGGCUUGACUUUUUGGAUGAGUUAAUGGACACUAUUAUAGAAACUGAAACUGUCCAUGAGAACUUUCGCUUGUGGAUGACCACUGAGGUUCACCGGCAGUUCCCCAUUACCCUUCUUCAAAUGUCGAUUAAAUUCACCAAUGAACCUCCACAGGGGCUCAAAGCUGGUCUGAAGAGAACAUAUGGUGGUGUGAACCAAGAUCUCCUGGAUGUUAGUAACAUGGUACAAUGGAAACCAAUGUUAUAUGCUGUUGGUUUCCUGCACUCCACAGUUCAAGAAAGACGCAAAUUUGGACCACUAGGUUGGAACAUCCCCUAUGAGUUUAACCAGGCUGACUUUAAUGCCACCGUGCAGUUCAUCCAGAAUCAUUUAGAUGACAUGGACAUCAAGAAGGGUGUCUCCUGGAAUACAGUUCGCUACAUGGUAGGCGAAAUCCAGUAUGGAGGUCGAGUGACUGAUGACUAUGACAAAAGACUGCUGAACACAUUUGCUAAGGUCUGGUUCAGUGAAAACAUGUUCAGUCAAGACUUCUGCUUUUACAAAGGGUACAGCAUACCCAAAUGUACCACAGUCGAUCAGUACCUUCAGUACAUACAGACCCUGCCUGCUUAUGACACUCCUGAGGUAUUUGGGCUGCAUCCCAAUGCUGAUAUCACUUACCAAAGCAAGCUUGCCAAGGAUGUGUUGGAUACUAUCCUCAGUAUUCAACCUAAAGACAGUUCCAGUGGAGGAGGCGAGACUAGAGAGGUGGUGGUAGCUAGAUUGGCUGAUGAUAUGUUGGAGAAGCUUCCUGAUGAUUAUCCACCAUUUGAAGUAAAGGAAAGGCUGCAGAAGAUGGGACCGUUCCAGCCUAUGAACAUCUUCUUGAGACAGGAGAUAGACAGAAUGCAGAGGGUUAUCACCUUGGUGCGAAGCACUCUGACUGAUCUCAAACUUGCCAUUGAUGGGACCAUCAUCAUGAGUGAAAAUCUGAGGGAUGCUUUGGAUUGCAUGUAUGAUGCAAGAAUUCCUGCCCUUUGGGAAAAGAGGUCUUGGGCUUCCAGCACACUAGGUUUCUGGUUUACUGAACUUCUGGAAAGAAACCGUCAGUUUUACUACUGGAUAUUUGAGGGCCGACCAAACUGCUUCUGGAUGACAGGGUUCUUUAACCCGCAAGGAUUUUUGACUGCAAUGAGACAGGAAAUAACUCGAGCCAACAAAGGAUGGGCACUUGAUAGUGUAGCACUGUGCAAUGAAGUCACCAAGUGGAUGAAGGAUGACAUCACAACUUCUCCUCCUGAGGGUGUCUAUGUAUAUGGACUCUAUCUGGAAGGAGCUGGUUGGGACAGAAGAAAUUUUAAAAUCAUUGAGUCUAAGCCUAAGGUGCUCUUUGAAAUGAUGCCUGUCAUACGGAUUUAUGCAGAGAACAACAAUUCGAAAGAUCCUCAUCUGUACUCAUGUCCAAUCUACAAAAAACCACAUCGAACAGACCUGAAUUAUGUUGCUGCUGUGGACCUUAAAACCGUCCAACCUCCAGAGCACUGGAUACUGCGUGGUGUAGCACUUCUUUGUGAUGUCAAGUAAUGUUAAAUCAAUUUUCACUUUCCCCCCUAGUGUUUCUCACCAGGAUUUUAAGAUAUUUUUUUUUCUGCACAUAAUUUUAACAUGAACAUUAAUGAAGAAUGAGAUUGAUGAUGGGUCACAAAUUUUUCUUUUUCGUAGUUGUGCUCCCCCUUAUUUCCACUCCUGCUUAUCUACUAGAAGUUAGUUAGUGGGCUAAAGACAUGUACUAAAAGAGAAGCCUUUCGGGACUGGAUGGCUCAACUGAGUGACUAUACCCACUCCUAUUCACCUCUCAGGGCUUGUUUUCACUAGAAAAUUGGGUAUUUGAACAAAUGCUGUUUAAACACAACAUAGCCAUGAGUGUAAAUGAGCUGGCUGUCUUUAGCAGUGUCAGCUGGUCAUGGCUAAUGCUGCUGUUCCAGCAGUGCUCAUCUGCAACCAGAUUACAAUGUUAAGCAUACAGGUCCUGUCAGUGCUGACAGCUAAGGUGUGUUAAAUGUUGUGUUAGUUAGCAUAACUUCUCAAUAUCGUUUUCCAGUGUGACUCAGAUUUCUAGUGAGGACCAGUCUGAAUCCAACCCUAGGUCAGUGGUAAAUGCAAAGUGGUAUGCAGUCUGAUCGCUGCUUGGGGGUUUGCAUGAAAUGAGUUUGUAGCAUCAAUCCAAUUCCUACCUAGACAGGUGUGCACAUUAGAGGCCAUCACCCUAACAAAUAAGUCUUAUGGAAGUCUCAGCACAGAGGGUAAAAAUGGAAUGGGCAUUCACUGUUUUAGCACCAAGAGGUAGGGAGGCUGUUUGUUCAGUGUGGGAAGCUAGCAUUUCCUCCUUUUGCCUUAAUUAACAUAGGACUUUGCUGUCAUUCUGCCUCACUAACGCACUAAAUUCAUUUAAAAAUUCCAUUUACCAGAAAAGUCUCAUUUUCUAUUCUCAGAAAUAUGGGCCACGAGUAUUUGGAGUAUUCUCAUAAAACAAGAUUAAAUGAAUAGGCAGCAGAUUUAAAACAAACAAAAGAAUGUAUUUCUUCACACAAUGCACAGUCAACCUGUG